CUCUGAAAGUCCCCAGAUGGAUCUAGGCAUUCUCAAAAUCUUGGUCCCAGGAGCACCAUCUAAAUCUUUCCCGGAACACAGCUGCGCACCCAGAAAGGCUCUUCCAUGGUCUGGGGUUGGCCCAGCCCUGAGUUUCUAGACAGCAAACGGAGGAAUGCCCAGCAGAAAACCUGCUGUGUGUCUCAGGAUACACAGUCAUCUGAGAGGCACAGACGGGACUCCAGGGAAGGACAUCCCCCAAGACAGGGAGUAUACCAGAGAAACCCGAGUGGAGAUGGCCGGGAGGAGACAGAGACAAGCAGCCUGCCGCCAUCACAGGUGUUAAUGGAGCCGGUGUCCAAGUGGAGAAAUGUGCGUGGCCACAAUCCUCUGGGCCUGAUGUACCGCGACGCCUGGCGAUGGGGCCUCACACUGCAGACGUACGUGCAGCUCACCAUGCUGGAGCAGCACACACGCCCACAGACGGCACCUGUACGGUUGAUGGAGAGGUCGAUUCACAGUGCAAAAUACAUUUUUGUAGAAAACCUGUACAGAAGCGGGAAGAUGCCUGAGGUGGACUACGUGGUCCUCUCCGAGUGGUUUGACUGGAUCGGGAGGAACAUGGACGUCUCCGUUGAUUUGAUAGUUUAUCUGCGGACCACUCCUGAGACCUGCUACCAGAGGCUGAAGAUGAGAUGCAGGGAAGAGGAGAGGGUCAUUCCACUGGAGUACCUGAACGCCAUUCACCGCCUCUACGAGGAGUGGCUCGUCACAGGAAGCCGUUUCCCCCUGGCAGCCCCUGUUCUGGUGAUAGAGGCCGACCACAACAUGGAGAAAAUGCUGGAAGUCCUUGAGCAGAACCGAGACCGAAUAUUAACACCCAAGACCUGGAAACAUGGCCCGUAGGACGGGAUCGCGCCAGAAACAUGCCUGUAGCUGCCCGGUUAGGAGCAAGCUGGAAGCGUCUCUCGGCCUUUUCUCUGGCUGGCUCUGUUUUCCUAAUGGGCUCUUCUCCUGGGCCAGCACUGUUGUCUUUUCUAGCCCUGUGGGUGAGUG